AUUAACUGCUGCCCUACCUGAGCACCAAUCGUGGACAGCCACAUGGGUGGGAAACCCUAUUAAAGACCGCCCCAGCGGGCUGCGUUCUCACGGUGGGCCAGACAAGGGCCAAGGCUCCCGGUUCUCAGCCCAAGAGCUGCAUGGGGAGCCUGCACUCUGUGGAGUGAGUCACGCGCCUCGCCCUGCUGAAGGAUGGCUGGCUCUGACCCCCUGUGGCUGGCCUUGGCCUCCUGCAUCCUGACUCUGGCCUCUACAGCGCAGCAAGGUUACAGAGACCCCCGAGAAGCCAGUUCCUAUGGGCUGGAUUUGGCCUGUGGGGCCCCUGGCACCCCAGAGGCCGAGGUCUGUUUUGACCCCUGUGAGAAUCACACGGUCCUGAAUGACCCCUCCCGGAGCACACUGAACACAGAUGAACUCCAGAAAUGCGACCUCAAUUUGAGAGGCUGGUAUCGCUUUGUGGGCGAGGGAGGAGUGAGGAUGCCCGAGACCUGUGUCCCAAUGUUCCGAUGCCAGACAGCCGCUCCCAUGUGGCUGAACGGGACCCACCCUGACCUUGGGGAGGGCAUCGUCACCCACACUUCCUGUGCCCACUGGAGUGACAACUGUUGCCUCUGGUCGACUGAAGUGCAGGUGAAGGCCUGCCCGGGCGGGUACCACGUGUACCAUUUGGAAGGCAGCCCCAACUGCAAUCUGAGAUUCUGCACAGACCCCUCCACUGUGGAAGACAGGUGUGAGCAGGCCUGCCGCCCGGAGGAGGAGUGCCUCCCUCAAAAUGGCACCUGGGUCUGCGUCUGCAGACAGGACCUCAAUGGCUCUGAUAUUCAGAGUUUGCAGCCUCAGCUGGACUGUGGGGCCAGCGAGAUCAAGGUGAAGGUAGACAAGUGCUUGUUGGGAGGCCUGGGUUUCGGGGAGAAGAUCAUCGCCUACCUCAAGGACCGGAGCUGCAGCAGCAUCCUACAAACGGAGGAUGGGAACUGGGUGUCUGUGACCAGUCCCGCUCAGGCCAGUGCCUGUGGGAACAUUCUGGAGCGUAAUGGAACCCAUGCCCUCUACAAAAACACUCUCUCCUUGGCCACCGACUUCAUCAUCAGGGACGUCCUCGUCAACAUCAACUUCCAGUGUGCUUACCCACUGGACAUGAAGGUCAGCCUCCAGACUGCACUUCGGCCCAUUGUGAGUUCCCUGAACAUCAGUGUGGAUGGGGAGGGAGAGUUCACCGUCAGGAUGGCCCUCUUCCAAGACCAGAACUACAUGAAUCCUUACGAAGGGGAUAUGGCUGUGCUGUCGGUGGAGUCCAUACUCUAUGUGGGCGCCAUCUUGGAGAGAGGAGACACUUCCCGGUUCAACCUGUUGUUGAGGAACUGCUAUGCCACACCCUCAAGUGACAAGGAAGACCCCGUGAAGUACUUCAUCAUCAGAAACAGCUGCCCAAAUGAACGUGACGCCACCAUCCACGUGGCUGAGAACGGGGCAUCCGCGGAAAGUCGGUUCUCGGUGCAGAUGUUCAUGUUUGCCGGGAACUAUGACCUCGUUUUCCUGCAUUGUGAGGUCCACCUCUGUGAUUCCCUUAAUGAGCAGUGCCAGCCUUCUUGUUCAAGAAAUCAACUCCGCAGUGAAGUACCGGCCAUUGACCUAGCCCGGGUUCUAGAUUUGGGACCCAUCUCUCGGAGAGGUGCCCAGUCUCUUGGUGUCAUGAAUGGAACCCCUGGCACUACAGGGUUCCUGGUGGCCUGGCCCACGCUCCUCCUGCCUGUCCUCCUGGCCUGGCUGUUCUGAUAGCCCGGCUGGACAUCUGGCCAUAGAGUCCAUGCUGUUCCCUCCGGCAGUGGCUCCCAUUCACCCUUCCUGAGUGGGUCCCUUGCACUUCACGCAGAAGUUUUGGCGUUAACAGACUCAAGGCCAGGCCUGGCUUGGGAAGUAGAAGAGCUUUCCUGGACUCUGACACUGUCAUACCUGUGUGUCCCCUUUGUCUCCUAGUGGGGACCCUGUCGGCCUGUCCUGGGCUGGCUUUCUCGUUUUCUCCUUUACUCUUGGAACCCUGAAAGCAAACUUCCUGGAGUAAAGACUGUGGCUCCAGGC